AUGUUCAGUUCUAUCGGGGAUCUUCUGAGAGAGGAUUUGCCCAGCGCUUCCUUUUUUAGAAUGCCUGGAAAGGACCUGAAGAUUUCCAAGAAAGACUGGGUACAAGAGUUCCCUGAAGUAAAAGCAGGACUUCGAGACGCAACCUUGAGCUGCAUCGAAGAACGGCCCGGUCAAAAAUAUGGUCAUCUUCAAAAUUUAGCAGAAGAUCGUAUAAAGCGACUUACAUCUAGCACGAACGUAUUUCAUAAGCUCAUCGAACAAGAAGCAGACGUUACCCGAGACUUUCAAAGACACUUGUCUCUUCCAUGUCGUCAGGCUUGGAACGGGCUCAACGUAUUCGAGCGCUCGCAAUCAGGACCACCAGGGGCUACCACUAAUUCCAAAACCAUCGACCAUUAUUUUUCGUUGAUGGUCGAGAGUUAUGAGUACUGCUUGUGCGCUGGCGAGCUGAAGCCAUGGGGUGUCAUUCAGAAGGACGAAUGGUCCGGGGCCAAGACUAUGGGAACAGUCACCAAAAGGCUAGGGCAAGAGAUGAGAGGUUUCACGCGACCACUCGAGAAGACAUCAGAAGUCAAGACUGUUUGA